UGAUACGUUGCAGCCGGUGGAAUAGGGAAGCUGGUUACUUGAUCCUCUGCUAUACCUGAACCUCAUUGUUACAGCUUUUAAUAACGGAACAUCCAGACCUCCUAUAAAGGUGCCUUUGAGGAAAGAAUGACGGGACAAUAAUCAGCAUUCAGACCCAGAAAUGGGCAACAAGCAAACCAUUUUCACUCCAGAGCAACUGGAUGCAUAUCAGGACUGCACAUUCUUUACAAGGAAAGAAAUUCUGAGAUUGUUUUACAGAUACCGGGAUCUGGCCCCACAGCUUGUUCCACCCGACUACACAGAUAAACCAGACGUGACGCUUCCCUAUCAACUCAUUGGCAGCAUGCCAGAGCUGAAGGACAAUCCAUUCCGCCAGAGGAUAGCAGAGGUUUUCUCAGAAAACGGAGAUGGCAACAUGACUUUAGAUGAUUUUUUGGAUAUGUUUUCAGUUCUGAGUGAAAUGGCUCCCAGAGACCUGAAAGCUUAUUAUGCUUUUAAAAUUUAUGACUUUAACAAUGAUGAUUACAUAUGCAAAUCAGAUCUAGAGAAAACUGUUAACAAGUUAACCCGAAAUGAACUUACCCCAGAAGAAGUUAGGCUUGUAUGUGAAAAGGUGAUUUAUGAAGCUGAUGUGGACAACGAUGGCAAGCUGUCUUUGGAAGACUUUCAGCAUAUGAUAAUACGAGCUCCAGAUUUCCUCAGCACAUUUCACAUUCGGAUCUGAGUCUAGUGAAACGUGCAGACAGAAGUGCUUCUUGAACCUCCAACACCUGAGACAGCAAAAUGAGAGGAACAAAGAGGACAAUUCUGGUAACUGAACUAGUCAGAGAACUCUUGUUUACGUCUUUAAAAGGAACAAGUCAUUAAGCUCUUCAUCAAGUUUUCUCUGUAUUUUAACAAAAGUCUAUCAUCCCCCCCCCGGGUAAAUCUGGCCUAGACAGUAAGAUGGGAAAUGAUUUUUUUAAAGUUCAGAUACCACCAGGUAGCAAAAGAAAUUGUAUAAAAUUAUAGCUUCUAAAAAACUCCUAAGAAAAUACCUUAACUAAUAAAACCCUCUUGAAAAUAAGUUUCAAAAACAUUAUGGCUAAUCAAAAUUGUGUAAACAACUCCUCUGAUCAGCUUUGAAGAGUCCAGUGAAUCAAUGUUCUCCCAGUGGGUCACAGAAGACAGUUACAGGUUUCAGAGGAAUACAGAGAAGAGCCCUCCCUUUUGCAACGUGUAACAAACAGUCAGCACACUUCAAAGGACAAAAGAACUUACCCCGGGCUCCUGUCCCUCUUUUCCAUUUUUAGAAAUACCCUAUUUUCCACACAAGAAUCUAUAGGCACGAACGAUGAACUGACAAACUAAGUCUGUAAAAUUCUCUUUUCAUAAGAAGUUUAUUUAUGCAGUGCUCAAGGUCCUGUACAACAGAGUAAAAACAUACGUACUGUAAUAAACAACAGUUUUAAUACAAACAUGAAAAAUCAAUGAGA